AUGCUAUCCACCGGCUUCGCAGAUGUGCCGGUAACGCGCAGCCUUGUCUAUGGGGUGAUCGCAACGUCGAUCCUCGCCAGCAUUACAGAUUCAAAGCAUUUCUUCUACAUACAAGCCGAUCCUCACCUGCUACGGUAUCAUCAGCUAUGGCGCAUGCUCACUUAUCAAUUGUGUUAUACCAAUUCGACAGAGGUGUUCUUUGGCGCCAUCACUUACUAUAAUAUGAGAGUGGUGGAAAGGUUAUGGGGAUCUCGUAGAUUUGCCUCUUUACUCCUGCUAUCCUUCUGCUUCGCUUCGAUAUUAUCACCAAUCUUGGUCGUUCUUCUACGACCUCUUUCAUUAUACACGAUAAAUUACCUACCCGCAGGACCUACAGCUCUAAUCUUCGCUAUUCUUGCCCAAUAUCAUGCCGUUAUUCCACAUCAAUACAAAUACAAAGUUGCCGCAACCUCUGCACCCAUGACCGAAGAGAACUUCGUAGGCGUUACGUUCUCGGAUAAAUCAUACAUAUAUCUCCCCGCUAUCCAACUUGGCCUUUCCCAGUUCCCAGGCUCACUUAUAUCUGCUCUGGUGGGUUGGACUAUUGGUUGCUGUUGGCGAAACGAUAUGCUGCCUACAACUAUCACACGAUGGAGAUUACCAGGCUGGAUGGUGGGUGUUCAAACCAAGAAAAGGAGCGAGGGUUUUGAAGGAAUGAGGAGGAGAUUAGAAGGGGAGAAUACAGCGGCUGCCACUGGCUCAGACGGCCAGUUGGGUGGAGAAGUCGGGAGAAGAAGAACUUUGGCGAGCCAGUUCAUAGACCAAUUCAGAGGUGCAUCUUAA